AUGGCUCUCCACCAUGGCCAGGACCUGCAUGAGCUUGAAACCCUUUCUCGACCUAGCGUGAUCAAGAGCCUCCAGCUCGCUCAAGUACAGACCUUGAGGACAAUGCACGUCACGCUGGGAGCGUUCAGUCUAGCUUUGGUAUUGUUGAUGAUCGCACGAAUAUUGAACGAUGCUCGCCGAGUAGCAGCCUAUCAGGUUCCUUUACGACCAAAAAAGCUCGGUUUCCUAUUGAACGUACACCCCGCCGAAGUCUUUCCACUCGUGCUCGCCUCCGGAAUCGCAAUACAGGAAAUUGUUUUCAUAACGGUGCAGAGCACUGCCCUCGAUAGUCUUGUAAUCAAAGGAUGUAGGGGCAUUGCAAUGGCUACAUAUCCUGCCCUCUUCCUUCUAGGAUAUCUGCAUAUAGUUUUCGGAGCAGAGGUGGCCAUCCGAGGCCUAAAAGCUGAUCGAUUUGCUCCGCGUAGCAGAUGGACAACAAGAAUCUGCCUAGGAGUCGUCUUGUUCCUGCUAAUACUCACACUCCUUCCGACGAUCAUCUGGGUGAGCCCGAAUCACUGCAUUGGUAGUUUGAUUUGGUUCCCCAUUCGCUACGAAUUCAUUACCCUGGUUAUAAUUAUAGUAUUUGUCGUCACUUUCCUUAUACUCGCUGCGGUGAUCAGCAUGCAACUCAUGAGAAGCAUCAAUGUGGAUCCAAACGAGCGGAUUGUAGCUUCUCGGAUAUGCUAUUACCUUUGUGCAACCACGAUCUUAUACGCACUCUUUCUUCCGUUCCACAUUCAGGUCCGCCGUCAUGACCUAGACGAGUCUCUCGCUACUAGCAGGAUUGCCGAGAUCCCUUUGUUCGCUUCUGGUAUCUUCAUCUCCUUCAUCCACUUAUUCCUUCGCGUAAAUGCGAGCCGAAUGGUCAUCAAGCCGGUUGGCGUUCCACGGCAAAAACGUCCUAAGCUGCGUUUCUUCGGACCAAGCGACCUCGAGAUGAACAUCAGUGGUCCAAUGAUGCACCGACCAGCUAGCCAGGAUCGCCUUGUUCACGAAAAACAACGCAUGGACGGUGAACCAGAAGAGAUGAAUUACUACAACCGACUCGAAAAGGGACCGCAGUCAAUCAAAAGCCCAAUGACCCCAACCCCCCGUGGAGUCGAUCCAUCAAAAUGGCCACUCCCACCAGCACCCCUCUCAGUAGAAGGCAACCGCUUCACGGCCAACUUUAGCCACAAGCGCGCAAAAUCAAGCUACUCCCUCUUCCCCACCCGCGCAGAAGAGAUACCCCGUCUCCCAGCCACGAUCUACACCCCUUCCUCCACCGCAAAGCAGCCUGCCUUCUCUGCAGCCGACAAACGCCAGACCUCUAUGAGCACCGCCCCCUCCGUCACCGACGUCCACGAAGCCUCCCUCCAGUGGUUGAACCCUCCGUCUCCUCUCUUCUCUUCCCAACGCCACCGACGCGACGACAGUAACGACAGCAGCGCCACCGUUCAAAUCGGCCUCCGCUUCUCUGUCGCCCCCGCCGCGAUUGCUGCAGCUGACUGCAUCGCCGCGACACGCAUGCCUCAAUCACAAAAACCGGGCAACCUGCGCCGCAACGAGUCGAACGACUCCAGCGGUUCCGAAUCCCUCGGGUUACCCAUUCAAGCACCCUCUGACCUCUCUUCCAAUGACAACUCAGACUCAAAUUCGGACACAGAUCUCCCAAGGCAGACUAACGAGCCGCUCCAAGCGCUCGCUCCCGUUGUGGUGAGCCCCUCUGCGUUCUCGAUGAUCACGCCGCAGAAUAGCGGUAGUUAUCUACAAGCAGCGCGGAAUAAGGUACUCCCACCUACCCCGAGGGGGAGUGCGGUGCCGCCGCCACUACAGCCAGGGUUGAGUGGAUUGAGGAUGAAUCCGGUUAGUCCGGCGAGUGUCGUUGGGUCGCCGAGAGAGAAGGGUAUAAGAAGCCCAGUGCGAAGUCCGACGGGCAAGGGAGUUGGGCCGGGGGAGGGGACAAUGGCGCGCAGUCCGCCGAGGGACGGGAGUUGGAUAUAGUGGAGUGGGAAGGUGAAAGGGAGAGGAUUGUAUCAUUAUCACGAAGUGCUUUUCUUCUACGGUGUUUGGAGGUCUUGUAUGAGGCGUUGGUUUUGGGCGUUCUGUUGGUAUUUCUUUUGUUUUGUUCGUGCUCCGUUCACUUCCUGUAUACUCACCGCCACAAUCCUUCUCGCACUCCUCCUCCCCUGCCCUCCUCUUAUCUUCCCUACUACCUCACCACCAUCACGGCGAAAAACAUGACAUCACGAACUCCCCGCCGCAGACCCUCAUUUCUUUCCCCCUGAUUCAAUCCCUUCCUUCGUUCUAUCCAUCACUUGUGCGCUUCAAGACUAGCAAAGAAGAGGGAGUCAUCCAGCGUGCCACACCUCAUUUCAAGCACGAACUUGUAUAAUCAGGAUUCGGUAACCGGGGAUGUCAUGUCGAUGUCAAUGUAUGUAGAACUAUAACGUCCAGAGCAUUUCAUCGACCGAUAAGUCUCGUCUUGUAUCUAAACACGUGG